GCCAUCUGCAAAUGAUUGCUGGGUCACACAGGGAGGCGGAUCAUUGUGUCCAAUGUUUCUCCACAGAGCUGACUUGAGCUUUUCUCCUCGAACAAAACGAGACCCGCGCAAAUAGCCGAGAGUCGGUUUCGCUCGGGCUGGAGGUGGACUGAGGGGAACGUUAUAAUGAUCAACACCAUGGAAUGCGCAGUGGACGCGCAAAGCCUGAUCUCCAUUUCCUUAAUGAAGAUCCACAACUCCAGGACGCAGAGAGGGGGCAUCAAGCUACACAAAAACCUACUGGUCUCCUACGUGCUGAGGAACGCCAGGCAGGUCUACAUCAAGGAGAAAUACGCUGAGAUCUAUAGGAUGCAGCAGUACGAGGAGGUGAUGACGGUCUGCAACGAGAUCCAGCAGCUCAACCCGCUGGAGCUGGACGCAGAGGACGCCGACGAUGAGGAGCAGGCGCGGGCUGCUUGCUGUGGCGAGGACGUGAGUCUGUGCGGCUCUGCGUGCCACAGAGACGCGGCACACGCCCGGACAGCGAGCGCCCUCCCCGGCUGCUCUCACCUGGAAGACGACGGUAAAGAGCCGGAGCCAUCCUUCUACCGGAGCUGUUGCAUGGAGCCUUCCCCCGUGUCGGACUGUGACCAGUUUUCUGCGAACGGCAGCGCGCACUGCAACAAAACCACAGUCCUGGACUUGGACACGCAUGUGGUGACCACGGUGGAGAACGGCUACCUCCACCAGGACUGCUGCUGUGACGCGCUCCAGUGCGGCCAGGGCGCACAGUCCCCGGCCAAGAAACGGAAGGUAGAGUUCGCUUGUUGCGUGUCCGACGUAGAAGAACUAUCAGAUUUUACAGCGGCUCGCAAGAGGGCGAAACGGGAGGACUGUUCGUACACACACCCGGACUACACGGACACCUCCAACAUCUCCAACCUGAUCUCCAUUUUCGGCUCGGGGUUUUCGGGGCUGCUGAGCAGACAGACGGACUUGGAGCAGAUCUGUAGCAAACAAGUCCUGGCCAGUCUCGGAGCAUGGACUCGGGCGAUCGUGGCGUUUUGAGUCAAAACACUUUAUUUUCAGGGGGAUCUGGGUCAGUUGUAACGUGUUUUUCCUCAAAGCAUGAGCAAGCAGAAGCCAGCGGAGAACUGUUUUCCUGGUAAAGAAGUGCGCUCACACAGAAAGUUUACAUAUGAACCAUGUCUCGUGUAGAAGAAGAUGUCAUUUGUGCAAUCAUCAAGGAACAUUUAUCAGAUGUUCUGUGGGGACAUUUUUUUUUUCAUGAGCACACAAGAAUCCGUGACUGAAUUUGUCACCAGUGGUUCGGUGAAGGAGUUUACACGUUAGCAUAUCACAUAUCAUAAACGUUGCAAAUGUUAAUGUUUUAGUUAAAGCAUUGAGGAGGAACAUUAAGCAAAAUCCGUUGGAGUAUUCUGGUCCCACAUUGUCUGAAUGAUGAGCUGAAGUCCCAGUGCUGACAUUAGCCAGCCUCCAUACUCAUGGUUAACAGAUAGGGCAAUUCCAAUAAUACAGAGGAUCAAAGUAUCAGAUAUUAUACCUCAAAGCACACCUUUGUCUUAAAACCCACCAGUAACAUGUGAGCACAGUUCAUUGGUGCACACUGGGUGACAUCACAGGGGCUGACUCUGGACAGGAGAUGGAGGCAUUGCAACUGACCCUGUCUCCCCCCACAAGGUCUGAAUCAACUUUAUUUUUGUAGAGAAAAAAAAGAAAAAAAAAAGAAAAGCUAUUUAAUGAGAGUAGUUUUGGAAGGGAGAGGAAAGAGUUUGUGCCAUAUGUAUCAUGUACAGGCUCUCCUGCUCUCAGAGCGGGAGGUGCACUGCACACUUCUGUGACUAAUGAAAUGGAUUGACUUCUGUUGCCUUAAAUAUGAUGCACACUACUGCUAGCUAUUGUUAUGAACUGAAAGUGACUGAAUGUCUCUACUGUCCCUUUGGAAAAAAAAACAAAAAAAAACCACCAUCUCCAGUUUGGACCUUGCACACUCUGAGCAGCUUGUUGUCAUGUGAAACAAACGCCACAUUAAAAACUCUCCCCUGAUCACUUUCAUGGUACAUGGACUGAACCAGCGCCUGCCUCUUCAUCCAGUGCCAACACUUCAGUUCUGUCACUGCGCUCAUCACCUCACCUCCACUCCAGCGUGUCCCAGCACACAGGCCGGCUUAUUUUGGCGGUUUGAACAUCCUCCUCGCUAAAAUCAUGGUUGUUGCUCAAAGCCUUCACAGCAGUUCAUAAUUCCAACAUGUCUUGGUUUUGUGAGUUUUCCAUUGUUUUGUAAAAUAAUAGUCUUAGUCCUUUUGUUUUAAAAAGGCAAACUCAUGAUUUUAGCCAUAACCUGAGAAUCCACGCAUUAGCUUUAUGAGCACUAUGUGUACCAAAAUAAAGAGAGUAUUCAGCCAUUCUCUACAUAUUUGGUUGUUAUUAUUGUAUUUUUGUGCUUACUAAAUUGUAUAUCACCGGGUAAAACUGUUCCAGAAAAUAUUUGUUAAAAAUUUAUAAUCUUAAUAAAAAAAAUAAAAUCUUAA